AUGGAGCAAAGGCGCUCAGCACAGCUCAGUACGGCAAGGCAACAAUGCGACCGGCGUGGAUACAGCACGGAGCGGACUGGAAAUUUGACACAGCACCAGAGAGCUCACGCAGGAGAGAAACCCUUCAAGUGCAGUGUGUGUGGGAAGGCAUUUUCACGGUCAUAUUAUCUUAAAAGACACCAGAGAGCACACACGGGAGAGAAACCCUUCAAGUGUAGUGUGUGUGGGGUGGCAUUUUCACAGUCAAAUAAUCUUAAAAGAUACCAGAGAACACACACAGGAGAGAAACCGUUCAAGUGUACUCUGUGCGGGAAGGCAUUUGCACAGUCAUCUUCUCUUAAAAAACACCAGAGAAUACACACAGGAGAGAAACCCUUCAAGUGCAGUGUGUGUGGGAAGGCACUUUCACGGUCAUCUGUUCUUAAAAGACACCAGAGAACACACACAGGAGAGAAACCUUUCAAGUGUACUCUGUGCGGGAAGGCGUUUUCUUUUUUACAUCAUCUCGUAAGACACCAGAGAACACACACGGGAGAGAAACCCUUCAAGUGCAGUGUGUGUGGGAAGGCAUUUGCACAUUCAUCUACUCUUGUAACACACCAAAGAACACACACGGGAGAGAAACCCUUCAAGUGCACUGUGUGUGGGAAGGCAUUUUCACAGUCAUCUUCUCUUAUAAAACACCAGAGAACACACACGGGAGAGAAACCCUUCAAGUGCACUGUGUGUGGGAAGGCACUUUCACGGUCAUCAGAUCUUAAAAGACACCAGAGAACACACACGGGAGAGAAACCCUUCAAGUGCAUUCUGUGCGGGAAGGCGUUUUCAGAUUCUUCCAAUCUUCAAGUACACCAGAGAAGACACAAGCAUCAGAAGAUCCACAAGGACUGGAGUGUGAAAUCAGCUUGUGAAAGUCAAAGUGCUGCAAUGAGCCCAUCCCUCAUCAAACAAGAACCGGAAGAAAAUCCCAGCUUGGACACUUUUAAAGGUAACGAGGUGAAAUAUGAAGAGGUGAAGGUGGAAUGUGAAGAAGUGAUGGUGAAGAGUAAAGAAGUGAAGGUAAAGUGUGAAGAUGAAGAUUCAAGUCCAGAAUGUGACCUUCACAUGGAUGGAGGCAACGUGAAGCAGGAGGAGCCUUCAAGUGCAGUGUGUGGGAAGGCAUUUUCACAGUCAUAUCAUCUUGAAAAUCACCAGAGAACACACACAGGAGAGAAACCCUUCAGGUGCUUUCUGUGCGGGAAAACGUUUGCAAAGUCACAAACUCUUCAAAGACACCAGAGAACACACACGGGAGAGAAACCCUUCAAGUGCAGUGUGUGUGGGAAGGCAUUUUCACAGUCACAUAAUCUUGUAAUACACCAGAGAACACACACUGGAGUGAAACCUUUCAGGUGCACGAUUUGCGGGAAGGCGUUUGCACAAGCAUCCGUUGUUCAGGCCCACCAGAGAACACACACAGGAGAGAAACCCUUCAAGUGCACUGUGUGUGGGAAGGCAUUUUGUCAGUCAUCUACUCUUAAAAAUCAUCAGAGAACACACACAGGAGAGAAACUCUUCAAGUGCACUGUGUGUAGCAAGGCAUUUUCACAGUCACCUGCUCUUAAAAAUCACCAGAGAACACACACGGGAGAGAAACCCUUCAGGUGCUUUCUUUGCGGUAAGGCGUUUACACGGUCAGAACAUCUUCAAAGACACGAGAGAACGCACACGGGAGAGAAACCCUUCAGGUGCACUUGGCGGGAAGGCGUUUGCACGGUCAUCAAAUCUUCAACGACACCAGAGAACGCACAAGCAUCAGAAGAUCUGCAAGGAGUGGAGUCUGAAAUCAGCUUGUGAAAGUCAAAGUGCUGCAAUGAGCCCAUCCCUCAUCAAACAAUAACUGGAGGAAAAUCCCAGCUUGGACACUUAAAGGUAUCGAGGUGAAAUGUGAAGAGGUGAUGGUGAAGAGCAAAGAAGUGAUGGUGAAGAGUGAAGAAGUGAUGGUAAAAUGUGAAGAUGAAGAUUAUACUGCAAAAUGGGACCUUCACAUUGAUGGAGGCAACGUGAAGCAGGAUGAGAAUUCUGACUGUGAGGCAGAGUGAGGCAACUCCCAGCAGUUUGUGGAGGUGGAGGUGUGGGUGGACUUCUUAGAAAACACAAAGUCAAGGUGAGACCCGGUAGAUGUGUCAGCUUGAGACGUCGCUCCAAUAGAUGCUCCUUUGUCACGGGCCUUUAAUGAAAAUAAUGUGAAGUUGAACACUCAGUUCCUGGGUUCAACCUGCAGAGUAAGAGUGAGCGGCCAGUCUUUGUGUUCCCUGUGGGUUGGGUAGAUCCCUGUGUUACGAUCUAAACUUCCUGAUCUACUAUUAUUUUUGCUACCAACAUGACUUUACUGAAAGAACCAAAGAGUAUGUGAACAAGAGCCUGUCAGUAGGGGGGCGACGAUGUUUCAUGUCAGUUGUGUAAUUUGUCGGUAAUGUUGAGAAUUUGCUACAUUUUGACUCAAGACGCAAGCAUGCAAUGGCCUACUGGUUUUGAAUGACACAAUAGUAUGUUUUACAUCCACUGUUAAGCAGACGGUGCAUAAUUAUUUGAAAUAGCUUAACCUGGUGCAGUAUAUUUCACUGCAGUAAUUAAAUUUUGUUAAAAUGGAAAAUGUCUGUCAAUGAUUUAGAAUGAACACUGAUUUUGUGUACAUGCAACAUUUUAUUUAUGAGGGUCAAACAUUGAAUAAGUGAUGUUAGGACAAAGUUUGUGUUUUUGGAAGUAACCUGUACAGAUCACUCAGGUGAGACCCGUUGUUCUUGUGAUACAGGUCACAUGCCCGUU